AUCCCUGCCCUGAGCAGAGUGUUAGUGCUGCCCACAGUGUUGCCAGGCAUCCCUGGAAGAGGAGGUGCAUUCAAACUUGGAGAGGCGAGCAAGGGGGGAGAAAAACUGGCCUGCGUGUGGUGUGCCUUUGUGUCUUACUGUUUGCCUUGUGCUCUUUCAGCAAGCCGAGAAAGGAAGCCCGCCAGACCUGGAGCUCAUCUGAAAUGCAUUAAACCCUGGAGAAGAACGAUCCUCUGUAAUCUGGCUGCGUAGACGCUCCACGGAGGGUUCCUAUUCGCUGUCCAACGUACACCCAUACAUGUAGCAGCAGCUCCUCCAAGAGUGUUUGUGUCUCCAGUCAAAAUAUUUUCCAGAGGGCAAGACUGCAGAGAGAGAGAGAGAGGGGGAGCAAUCAAGGCGCUUGAAGAAAUCCGUGCUUUCUCCAUAAAAACUUGGGGCUAAGAGUGACCAGACUGUUCCAGAGAUCCAGACUUCAAACGUAAACGUCAGCCCUGUCGUCCCUCUCGGUGUGCGCAGAGGAGGUGUCAGGGGAAAGUGAGCAGCGUUCACAUAAAUACAGGAAACACCUGAAGUUUUUCCAAGGAAAUACAUCUCCAAACAGACACACUCUGACAUAGAUCUUUGUAAGAAGCUCCCUGUUGUCUCGUUAGUCAAUCAACAUGUCACGCUGGGGGAGAAAGAAUGUGAAGAAGACGCCAGAGGUGAUCCGCACUGUGACAGAAGGGCUCAAGUCCUUGUAUCGUAAGAAGCUGCUGCCUCUGGAGGAGUACUAUGGUUUCCAUGACUUCCACUCUCUCAGUAUGGAGGAUGCAGACUUUGAUAAUAAGCCUAUGGUGCUGGUGGUGGGACAGUACUCUACUGGAAAGACAACGUUCAUCAAGUAUCUACUGGAGCAGGAUAUUCCUGGGAGCAGAGUGGGACCUGAACCCACCACUGACUGCUUCACUGCCAUCAUGCAUGGGGAGGUGGAGGGAGUCAUCCCCGGGAACGCCCUCAUCGUAGACCCCAACAAGCCUUUCCGCAAACUCAACCCUUUUGGAAACACGUUUCUCAACAGGUUCCAGUGCGCCCAGAUGCCCAACCAGGUCCUGGAGAGCAUCACCCUAAUUGACACCCCGGGGAUCCUGUCCGGUGCUAAGCAGAGAGUGUGCCGAGGUGAGGGAAAGAACAAAGGCUAUGACUUCCCAGCUGUGCUGCGCUGGUUUGCGGAGCGCGUGGACCGCAUCAUCCUGCUCUUCGAUGCCCAUAAACUGGAGAUAUCGGACGAGUUCGCCGAGGCUAUCGGUGCCCUGAAGGGCAACGAGGACAAGCUGCGCGUGGUGCUCAACAAGGCGGACAUGGUGAGCACCCAGCAGCUGAUGAGAGUCUACGGUGCACUCAUGUGGUCCCUGGGGAAGGUGUUUGGCACUCCGGAGGUUCUGCGCGUCUACAUUGGCUCCUUCUGGUCCGAGCCACUGAUGGUUACAGACAACCGGAAGCUGUUUGAGCUGGAGGAGGAAGAUCUGUUCGCUGACAUCCAAAACCUUCCUCGCAAUGCAGCUCUGCGCAAGCUCAAUGACCUGGUCAAGAGGGCACGUCUUGUUAGGGUCCAUGCCCACAUCAUCAGCUACCUGAAGCAGGAAAUGCCUUCUGUCUUCCGGAAGGACAAUAAAAAGAAGAAUCUGAUCUACCAGCUGCCAGUGAUUUUCUCUAAGAUCCAGCUGCAGCACAACAUUUCGGCUGGCGACUUCCCAGAUUGUGCUAAAAUGCAGGAGCAACUGAUGGUUCAUGAUUUCACUAAGUUCAAAAGCUUGAAGCCUAACCUGAUGGCGGCCUUGGAUGAGUUGCUCGCUGCCGACAUCUCCAAACUGAUGCCCCUCCUGCGGCAGGAGGAGCUGGAGGCAGGCGAGCAACUAGGUGUGCAGGGUGGAGCCUUCAUUGGGAACCGUGCUGGACCAUUCGGAGAGGGCGACCCCUUUUCGCAGGAGAACGGAGAGGGAUGUGAGGAGGAGGAGGACUGGGUGGUGACCAAAGACAAGCCCAAAUACGAUGAAAUCUUCUACAACCUCGCUCCCAAUGAGGGCAAGCUGAGCGGCAACAAGGCUAAGGACUGGAUGGAGAGCUCCCGCCUGCCCAACUCGGUGCUGGGUCGCAUCUGGAAGCUGUCGGAUGUGGACCACGACGGCAUGCUGGAUGAUGAAGAAUUUGCCCUGGCCGGCCACCUGAUUGAGGUCAAGCUGGAGGGCCAUGGUCUGCCCCCUGAGCUUCCCACGCAUCUGAUCCCACCCUCCAAACGCAGGCAGAAGGGCUCUGAUGCAUAGACACGUCACAUAGUCCCUGGAGCUGAGAGAGACUCUUCUCUAUUGGCUGUGCUACUGUUGGUAUUUGCUCUCUCUCUC